UUUAUUGUUCGUUUGGUAUAGUUCGCGUAGUAGAACGUAGUUAAUAAAUAUCAUAACUUAUUAUAUCAUAUCUGUCUCUAUCUAUUUCGACGCUACCAAACCUAACACUUUAAUCUUGCAUUGAAAAUUUAAUGUUAAAACAUUCUGCGUGCUCCUCUUUGAUUCUGUCUGAAUUACUUAACCACGAUAAUGCCGGGAUUCGCCUCCCAACUCGAAAACUGAUUGCUUCUAUGUUUUCAAUGGUUUUGCCAUAGAAAGUUCUACAUUAAAGGAAAGGCUUACCGGUUUCAAAUCCAAACAAAACAAAUUUCUCUGUCGACGAAUGUCAUUCAAGAAACAAUUAUUCUAAUAAUAUUUUUUGGAUGGAUUUUAUCUUGCGUCAUUUUCCAGAAACCGCACACCACAAAAAAUGAUAUUAGAUCAACUAAUAACGUUUAUUGUCGCUUAUGCAUGUAGAAGGAGCUCGUCAAAAGGUCAUGUAAACAAAACUAAUCAAAACUGGGACUUUUGCUUGUUUUUACCAUUGGAGUUGGUGAUUUCCUCUAUAUUUUUUAUAUAUAAUAUUCAGUGCGUAUCAAAUACAAUUCCUUAAUUAUUGCAAAUGUCGAACAUACACAGCUGUUAAACCGUUUAUGUUAAUAUGAGCAAAAAUAUGAAAAUAAUUAACUGCCUAUCUAAACAUCAGUCUCUGCAAUUAAAUCUACACAAAUCCGUUAUAUUAUUUUUCGAUCGUGAUGUGGAUAUAAAUAAUCAAUCAAAGAAGUUGUUUUCCUUUAAUUUAAUUCCGUAAAAUAAAUAAAUAGACAGUUAUCUAUGUUGUUUCUUAACUUGUGUAAGCAAUGCUUAAUAUGCUGAAUAUACUUAAUAAGGGAGGGCAAUGUCCUUAAGCACCAUGAUUUUUAUUUCGUUCUUAUACAAAUACAAGCCUAUCUCAACAUCCACCUCAAAAUUGAGGAGAGGAAAUUAUCACAUUACACGUCCCAAGCAAAUUAUAAGAUACUUAAAGAUAUAUGGCGGUUCAUUGAGUAUUAUUUGGCCACUGCUUCGCAAGGCAAUUCGGCCAGCUUACAACCAAGUAUCAACUUAUAAACAAAUUUUUAACUCGAUUACAAUACUAAGGCAGCCGGUGGGAAUCGAACCUACAACCUCCGGCAAGUAGAGAGGUGGCAGGUCUAAUACCUUACCAACCGAGCCAUUCCCUAUAAUUUGCUUAAUUUGUAAACAGUUGUCCAACUCUGCAUAUUUUUUGGUUGUCUUGCGAAAAUUAAGACAAUGAAACAAGAAAAAAUUAUCAACUUGUUUCAUUGUUGUGUUUUUGUUAUUGCAUAAGAUAUAAUGGUAUGCGAACGACGAAGAAUCAACUAAAUAAACAUACAUGGCGGCCGGUGUUAGAUGUCUUGGACAGAUUAUUUAGGUAAAAAUUAAACUUUUUUUCUUCUAUAAAAAAAUGCCCCAACUUAACUUCAUUUUGUUGAUGUUGAUAAAACGUGUUCGAAAUAAAUAUUUUUUGAUUGGUUUAAUCCGGAAAAAUGAUUACUAAAAACAGUGGCGUUCAAAGAUUUUUCUUACUUAAACAAACUUAAUCUUUUGUCACGUGGUAUUUUUAACAAAUUUUGCAAUCCCAUAGACUCCAAUAGAUCAUGUAAUAAUGAAUUUAAAAACAGAUGCACAGUUAAAGGAAUAGAUAAUUUCUUGUUGGACCAUAAAAAACUAUCUGUUAAAAUAAAGUUUAAAACAUCAGUUCAUAAAGAAAAAGCUUACAUUGAAAAAUCAGUGCUAAAUAUAAAAAAAGUCAAACAAAAAUUUGAAAGUCAAUUAAGCGGCGAAAUAAAAUCAUUUAAACAAUUAAUUUAUAUAAUCAGUAAGGCGAAACAUAAAUCAAAAUCAAUCAGAAAAGUUAAGUGUCACCAAAAUAUCCACCGGGUUAGAGAUAAUGUAUAUAAACACUGUAAAAACAAUCAAAAUAAUAGCUAUUUAAAAAUAAAAUUCAAGAAUUUAAAAAAUAACAUAAAUAAUCGCUUUUCACUCACUCACAAGUAAAUGGCAAAAAGCGGGAAAUGAUUCAAGAAAACAAUGAAAGAUAGAGUGACGUAUUUUCUAGAAGGUCACGUUACUUUUUACACUAAAUACUAUUAUGGAGUAUGUCAAACCUAAUCAGAACACUAAACUAACCAACCGCACACAAUACUUCUAUACGUUGUAUGUCUUGAAUCUGCGCUUGGUUGGAUUGGAAGCACACUAUUAUACAUUUGCAGAUAAUACGGUCUGAAUAUAUACAUAAAAAAAUGCAGACUUAAAAGGAUACUGCAACUGGCUCCUAAAUAACAAAUUAAAAAUAAACAUUGAAAAAACUAAAUAAAUUUUAUUUAAACAAAAAACUAAAAAAAUAAUAACUGUAACAUUAAGAUAAAUGAUUUUACUUUGGAACACAUUAGUCACAGCGUUAUACAGAUGUAACUAUUUUUUAAGUGAAAUUGCAAGAUAUAAAAUUUGUCGGUUUUAAGAAAUCUCAUUGCAGUCUGGGGUACAUGUAAUAAAACAAACUUUAAUAAAAUAAAAAUAAUACAGAUCCUUAAAACUCUAUUCGAUUUAGAUUACAAAGUGCCCACUGAAAGGCUUCACUUUAAGUUAAUCCGAUUGAAAUUAUGUUAAAAUUUGAACAAUCUAAACUUAUCUUUAAACUAAUACAGAACAAAGCUAAAAGCAACACCAAAAUAAACGGUACAAAUGUAAUACAAUCAGACAACUUAAGAUAUCACACUGAACUACAGUUACCGAAUACCAGAAUAAUUGCAGACAAUUGCAAAAUCUAAUUUGUUUUGAUAUUACUUGAUAUUUCCAUAUAUUGUUCUGUAAAUAGAUUAGAGCUAUUAUCAUUAUCAUUACUGUUAUUAUUAUUGUAACGAAGUAAACAUAUUGUAAAAUAUGGUGGCCUUAAAUUUUGCCAGCAGUAACUUUUUUGACCCAAUUAAAAAGAUAAAUAAUUAAAAAAAGAAACAAAUUUUAGUGGACCUUUUAUAUCAAGCACGUUACUUAUUUAAAAUUCUAUUUACAUUACAAAAGUUGUUUGAAACUGGCUGUAUAUUAGAACUAUUCCAUUCUCAGUUAUCUGUUUUGGUACGCGCUUCUUUCGUAUGCAACAGCGUGAUGGUGGGACAAUAGUAAAUAAUUAUUUAAAAUUUUCUUAUCCAAUGGCUGGGUUAAAUUAAAAAAAAAGUGAAAAAUAAUAAGAGCCUUGAAACCCGCCCGAGCGUAGACGAAAGCGUUCACGAAGAAACAAUCGAGAACUAUUAGAAUAAUUUACUUAGCUAUAAUUAGAAUUAGAUGCGAUUACCGCUUUUAUUUCUAUUAAUCGUUCGAUGAAUGGGUCCAAUUAAGAACCAUUUAUUAUUAUCGAAGCAAUUUUUCCAUCCGCACUGCGCCUCCGCUACGAAAAGCUGUUAAUUUAAUUUCACCUGCGCUCUUAAAUGCGUUAAAUGUAUCUCGUGCGUGUGAAUAAAAUUUCAAUUUUUAAUCGAACUAAAUCAGUAAUAACUAGGGCGCGAAAGAUAAAGACAAAAAAGAAAAGUAUCGACCGGAUUAAAACGUCGUUAGUCCGGAUACCAAAUCGUAUUGUAUCAAGUUAUUAGAUUUUCUAGCUCAAUCAUAAUUUCUUGACAAUUUAAUUCCAAGUCUAGGACAUGAAACUGAUCAGAGAAAAACUUAUACCAGUUUAAAACUAAUUAUUAAGAAAGAAUAAGAAAAUAUUUGUUAAAUUUGAAGUGCCACAAUCUCCAUUUCAGCAUCAGGCCCGACGCUGGUUGCAUAACCAAUCGGAAAAGCAAAAGAAUUACAAAAACUACAUCUGAUGGCAAUAAGCAUUGUGGAAUUGUCCAUUUUUUUAUAUUAAGUUCAAUUACAGAUUCCUAAAUACCAACAGCAUCAUUGCCAAACGUACAUUUAAACCUUAUCAAACGCUGUCACAAGCAAAUUCGAGCGUUCUGGUAGAAAAUGUUCCAAAAACUAAUUUAUGAAGUUGACGCCAAAUCAAACUCGUCACUAAAUUAUCGGUUAUCAACAUUUUUGCAUAAAAUGCACGCGCUGUUGUUCAACAUAAAUUUCAUCAAAUAGUGAAUACUAAUUAAUAUACACUGCGUCCCGGUGAAAAUGAAACAAAGCAAUUGAAAGCGAGUUUUUCGCUCUCAAGAUAAUAUUUAAAGAUAAGAUAAUAUUUAAGAUAAGAUAAUAUUUAAAAAAAUAUAUAUUAAUAACCAUCAAAGUAUUAAAUUUAUUUGUUAUUAAAAAAAGUAUGUUUAUAUUUUACUAUACUAUGCUUUAGUCACGCGUUUGGGAGUGAUCGAAUGUUUUCGGAGAUUUUUUUUUAUUUUUAUAUUUUCACAUCACAAAUCACUCAAUGAAUCAAUACGGUUCCAUAAAAAACAACAUGCAACAGGUUUAUAAAUUUCUUCAUACACCAGUUUACUAAACACUCGUUUGGCUUCGCUUCGCUCGUGCCUAAACAAACUCGUGUAUCGUUUAGGUUUUUAAAAUGGAACUCCCCGUUUAUUAAUGAAAACGUUUCAAUAAUACGAUUAACAAAUUUUGAACAAAAAUUGUAAGGAAUGUUCUUUUUCACACUUGUUCAACUUUGUCAAAAGUCGGAAUUUGAAAGUCACUGCACGACCCAUAAAAAGUAAUUUAUGUAAAUUACUUUUUCUACUCCCGUCUGUAAAAUGCCUAAUUACACACCAAUCUAGCGUGCGGGAAGCGUCUCUUUACCACGUCAGUUUCGUUUCCCACGGAUCCGAGUCACUUCGGACUUUUCCGCGACAUUACCGCACGGGUUUGGGAGCAAUCGGAUGUUUUCGGAGAUAUUUCUAACGGUUAAGCGAAUAAGGUCGUAGAAAAAGUAUAGUAUACUUUUUAAACUCGUGAGUCAAAUGCCUUUUACCUCACUUGAGGCAUAAUUUAAAUUUUUCAAUUAAAUUUGUUAAUACUUUGGGCAUGCGGGUCGCAAAGAUUGUUGGUUAAAAAUUUACUGUUUCGACGCAAAUCAACCAACGCAUGGAGUGGGAAGGUCCUUUAUGGUUUUUUUGGUCAGAUGGGGCUUUCAAAGGUUCCGAUCUAAAUGUAGUAGACUCGUAAACGUCAAAUUGCAAUUAAACUGAUCAAAUUGAUAUUCGGAUUAUCGUUUUAGCACGUAAAGUUACUUCACGCUUUCACCUAAUAUCUGCCGAUGAAAGAAACCUAAUUAAAUGUCAUUAAAAUUUCCGAAAUUCGUAAACAAUUAGUUUGUACUUAAAAUUUAACCAAAACAGGUACAAGUGUACGGGAGUUCGUUAGACGUAAAUACGGUAUAUUUCGUUACACUUGGCCACCAAAACGGAACAAGAAUCGAAAGGCCGACACAAACGCUUUGUUCGCCGUUUUCAAACAGUUUCGGGCAAAAUUGCAACGCGUCUGCAUCGAAACCCAUGGCGUACGAUCCGUUAGACGCGCGCCGCUGGUGGCAAGUGACGAUGUGCGGCGAUUAUCAAUUAGUCCUACGAAAACCGACAUUUCCGGGCUCCCUGACCGACCUGCAUCGGUUCAGGAAAACAGCACACGGCCACGAUGGGUCCAGCAGGAUCGUCAUGGUGCGGAAAACAGAUCAAAGGACCUUCGCUUCUAUACAGGACGGACAGGAACCCAAGAUAGAGACGAUCACCAGAGAGACAAUUGAAACGUUCCGAGGGCAAAAGACUGAAUGUAAAAUUACCACUGAGAAGAAGGACUUCGAGGAAAAAUGUCCGCCCGGAAUCAUAGAAGCUCUGACUGAGCGAGCUGCCAAGGUCGUGCACAAAUCUACCCCUAGGAGAUCAAAUCUCAGGAUGGAUUUUCAAACGCAAUGUCUGAAAGCGCACAACGAGUACCGGAAGAAACACGGAGUGCCGCCCCUGAAGCUGGACAGGAACAUGUGCCGAGUCAGCCAGCAGUGGGCUGACACGCUCAUCAGGAAAGGAGCGUUAAUGCACAGCAACAACAAUGAAUACGGGGAGAACUUGUUUAUGAUGCAGUCGUCCAAUGCGAAUUUCGUAGUGUCUGGUGACGAAGCUGUCGACAGCUGGUACGAAGAGAUAAAGCAGCACGUCUUCGGCGUCGAGCCCAACAGUCUCUCUACCGGCCACUUCAGCCAAGUCGUUUGGAAGGAUUCUCGUCAGCUCGGGGUUGCUUUCGCCAAAAGCGGUUGCAAGGUGGUUGUGGUGGCGAACUAUUAUCCCCCCGGCAAUAUUAUAGGGUGCUUCGCGGAGAACGUGCCCCCUCCAACUCUCAGUUCGCCUUCAAAUAACAACAACCACAUAGAAUUGAGUGACGCGAAUCGAUCUUCAGCGAGCUCCAGGUGUUCCACGAGGGACGCGCGGGACAUCGCCGAAGGUAACUUCGAAGAGGACUUUCUGGAGGCACACAAUAAUUAUCGGCGAAGGCACGGAGUGCCGCCUCUGAAGCUCGACAAGAAGUUGUGCAAGUACGCGGAAGAAUGGGCAAAACUGCUUGCCUCCAAAAAUAUCCUGGAGCACCGCCCCGAGAGCAACUACGGGGAAAAUAUUUAUUGUUUGUUUUCGUCGGACCCCUCGUUCACUAUCAACGGUCACACCCCGGUCGAUACCUGGUACGAAGAAAUCAAACAUCAUCCGUUUGGUAGGGAGCCCAGCAAUCUAAAGUCGGGUCACUUUAGCCAAGUUAUCUGGAAAUCGAGUCAAUAUCUCGGCGUGGGCAUCGCAAAAAAUAGCCACGGCAGCAUCUACGUGGUGGCCAACUAUUCACCUGCUGGCAAUUUCGUUGGUCACUACGUUGACAAUUGUCCCCCAUUAAAACCCAGAUUUUACGACCUAGUGGACGAUUUGGAGAAUGGUGAUGCCUUGGCGAAGCUGAAGAUCAGCGAGCGCACCCAGACUGACUGUAUCGAUGUGGACGAGUUCGCUCUGGAAGCCUGGAAAGUCCACAACGAAUACAGAAAGAAACACGGCGUGCCUUCGUUAAAACUCAACAAAGAGCUAUGCGCUUUUGCCCAGGAGUGGGCGAAUACUUGCGCGCGCACGUCUAGUCUACAACACAGGGCCAACAAUCCUUACGGCGAAAACAUUUUCUCGAUGUAUUCGUCAGACUACAGUCACGUCCCUAGUGCCCGAGACGCGGUGAAAGAAUGGUACGACGAGGUCAAAAAACACACAUUCGGAAACGAGAGGGUUAUCCAAGGCAGCCUUCAUUUCACCCAGGUUAUAUGGAAGGGCUCCACUGACCUGGGGGUGGGAAUUGCCAAAAAUCGAAAAGGCCAAACUUACGUCGUAUGCAAUUACAGUCCAAGGGGUAACUUUAUAGGCCAGUUCGUCGAUAAUGUUCCGCCAGCCAGACCUUGACGGACUCGGAAUAGGCGCAAAUGCGUCACAUUUCUAGUACCUAAUUCUACCAUUUAGUACCUUACUAGCGUAUUUUUUAUAGUCGAUUUUCCAUCCUUAUGCCAAAGAUGCUCGAUACACGGUGCUGUGUAACUUUUUUGACUGUUUCGUUUAGGCGUGAAUCAGUAUUCUACCCAGAUGUAUACAUAUCAAAUUUACAAUGGCCUCCAUUUCGGGCAUGCCUUUUUUCAUUAAUAUAAAGCCGUCCCACAUGAAUGAACACUCCAUAAGUAAGCAUUAAGUUUGCUCACCAAAGCUUUGUUUAUAACAUUCCGUAAUAUAUCACGAUGUUUAUUUUCUUUUCCAGCUUUUUUUACCUAGCGUUAAUUUGGAACCGACUGGUACUGUUUCCGCUAACGUAGACGUAUUAGCAAGUUUUUUAUACACAUAGUGCCUAUUGCUCUAUUUAUACACCAUUAUUAUGUUGAACCGUUUCGAAAUUGUUGAAUAAAAUUGUUGAUUA